AUGUCGACAUCUGAUCAUCCCGAGUCCGAUGGUCAGACGGAACGUGCCAAUCGUGUCCUCGAAGAGAUACUUCGAGGAUACGUAUACUCCUUUAAGAGUUGGAGUGAGUUUUUGCCAAUGGUAGAGUUUGCCAUUAACAACUCGGUGCAUGCGUCCACGACACAUACACCGUUUUACGUGAACGGCUUGCGCCAUCUGCGUGUACCCACCUUACUAGAGUGUAACUCUGGUUUAAGGGGGGGGACUCGCGCGAGCAAAAACCGAUUUGGUUCACGCUCAUCACGCUCUGACGAAGAGGUCAUUGCAUUUGAUGCCGAUAUCGAUAACAUCGAUAUCGAAGAAGAUGAUGCCAGUGAGAGUGCGGAAGCCCUCACUGAAGAAGAUGAUCCCAGUGAGAGUGCGGAAGCCCUCACUGAAGAAAAGGUUGAUGUUGCUGCAGUGCGCUCACAGCACACUGAAGCUAACGAGUCAUCAGAUGAGUUCAUACUGGCUCGUGAAACGGUAGUCCGUUUUGUGCAAGACUCCAUCGCCGAAGCGGCGACUUAG